AUGGCGAACCACAAGUACGAGUUUGGCGGACCCGGCGCCACCGCCAUUGUCUUUGGCCUGCCGCUGUUGUUGAACUUCUUGUUCCUCACUUGCAACGACCAGACGGGUUGCCCUGCGCCGGCGCUGCUCAGUCCCCGAACCCUGUCUUGGGACAAGCUGAAGGCGCAGAUUCCAUGGCCGGAGGAGGGCCUGGCUGGCUUCGUCAAUUGGGAGACUUCAGCCUGGGUCGCGGCGUACUAUCUACUGAGCUUGAUCCUAUAUCGCGUGCUGCCGGCGCAGGAGGUGUAUGGGACGAAGCUGCGCGAGUCUGGCCCCUUUCAUGCUACGGUAGUGCAGGUGCUGGCCUGCGCCGUCGGCACGGCCCUCUAUGGCGCCGAAUUUGUCGUCUGGACAUUCAUCGACCGCAAUUACUUGCAGAUCUUGACCGCCAACAUCCUCCUCGCCUACGCCAUCUCUCUUUUCGUGUACGUACGCAGCUUCAGCGUCAAGCCGCGCAAUGAGGACUUGCGCGAGCUUGCCAGGGGUGGCACCACGGGAAGCAUCAUCUACGACUUCUACAUCGGGCGCGAACUCAAUCCUCGCAUCACCCUGCCUCUCAUUGGCGAGGUCGAUCUCAAGGCUUGGCUCGAGAUGCGGCCUGGUCUCACUGGAUGGCUUCUACUUGACCUUGCCUUUAUCGCGAGGCAGUACCGCCUGUACGGCUACGUGUCCGACAGCAUCGUUCUGGUGGCGCUCGUUCAGGGUUAUUACGUCCUCGAAGGGCAGUACGCAGAGGCAGGCAUCCUCGGAAUGAUUGACAUCACGACCGAUGGCCUCGGCUACAUGCUCACGUUCGGCGACAUCGUCUGGGUGCCGUUCCUCUACUCGACACAGUGCCGCUACCUGUCCGUCUUCCCCGUCCACCUUGGUUGGGCCGGCAUUGCUGCUAUCGCGGUCGUCUUCUCCACGGGACUGUACAUUUUUCGCUCGUCCAACAACCAAAAGGCCCUCUUCCGCACCAAGCCCGACCACCCCAGCGUCAAGGAUAUGCCGUACAUACAGACCAAGCGCGGCACGAGGCUGCUCACGGGCGGCUGGUGGGGUGCCGCGCGCCACGUCAACUAUUUCGGUGACUGGAUGCAGGCUUUGCCCUUUAGCCUGCCGACUGCCAUCUCGGGAUAUCUCAUCCUGCCCGCAGGCGGCGCGGCUGCCAUCGCGGGCGCCACUGGGGCUCUGCAGAUGCUCGAUGGCAGGGAGGUCGUCCAGGGUGCUGCUCGGGGAUGGGGCAUCGCGUACACGUACCUGUACGUCGUGUACUUUGCUGUCUUGUUGAUCCACCGGGAGAGGAGAGAUGAUGCCCUCUGCGCCGAGAAAUACGGCGAGGACUGGGACAAGUAUCGGCGAACCGUGCGCUGGAGAAUCUUGCCAGGAGUUUACUGA